AUGGUCCAGAUUAUUUGGAAACAAAUUGGAAAAACAAAAAGUAGUGACUCCCGAUUGCUAGCCGUGAUAAUGCGAAAUAACUGCAACAUCUUGAAACAGGGAAGAAGAAUAGAGAAUGGGGUGUAUCUUGGUCCAAUAGGAACUUUAACAUUUGAAGGAAAGUUUUCAUGGAAGAACCGUAUCUUAGCCUUCAUCUUCGAACGGAUACGCAUAAAGAUUGGACCAUUAGAUCCUAUAAAGAUCGGUUUAGGAAAGAAAGAAGCAGAGGAAGAGCCGAGUAACAAAGACCCUUUCUUCAUUUGGUUUUAUGUCGAUGAAGAAGCUGUUGCUCAUGGAAGAAGCGAUGGUACAGCUUUCUGGUAUCGUUGUCACCGCAUUGCUUCAUGA